AUGGCCGCAGCUGUCAUUCGUUUCAACAUAUCUGCUCUCGAACACAAGAUAACGUCAUUAGAGGAACAGCUUGCUGCUACCCGUAGUGAGCUACGUCGCGAGAAAGAACUGCUGUCAGACAUCGUCUACCCCAUCAACACAUUACCCCCAGAAAUCCUCUCGAGAAUCCUGGUGCGAGCUCAUGCAGACUUUUCGGAAUACCAACAUUUCGCAAUUCUCGAUUCGUUCUCCAUGGGCCGGGGUUUGUCCUACCGCCUGCUACUGGCCAGCGUUUGCAAGCAGUGGCGCAAUGUCGUUUGGAGCACUUGCGAAAUGUGGACACGCGUUACAGUGCAUUGCGGCCGCGUCAAAUCGGCGAGCGAGGCUUUACAGACUUGGCUGCCCCGUUCCGGCGGCCUUCCAGUAGAUUUCAGCAUCAUACUUGUGGAUGAGACGGCAGAUGCGGUUUGGGACGUUUUAGUCAAACAUUCAGCGCAAUGGCGACACGUAGACCUUUGCACCGCCGACUCCGUUACUCUUUCCCUCGCCAAUGCCGCGUCUACGUUGCCCUUCUUUGAAACACUUUGGCUCACAGGCGAUGUCGCAAUGGAAGACGGAGAACAUAUCUCAGCCCCCAAUUGGCACGCACUCAAGAUCAACGUUCCUUUCGUGCUCUACCAACUCGCACUUCCUUUAGCCCAGAUUACGUCCCUCGAACUAAAUGGCCAAUCCUCUUGUGGUAUCCUCGAAAUGUUGGCGCUGAUGCCCGAAUUAACCUCGCUGGUGCUGUGUGUUGUCGAGACAGAGCGGGAGCAGGAACCAACGGUCUCCAGCUGUUUCCUGUCACAACUCAAGUCUCUUCACUACAACACUGCACUACCCGUAGCCAUUCUCGCAGGCCUGCACCCCCCGUUACUCUCCCACCUUUCCUUUGUCGAUCUCCCGAGCUUCACUCCAAUCGGUGAACUUAUAGCCCGUUGUGGGUGUUCUAUCCGCUCUCUAUCUGUGCAAAACUCGUCAAGAAACCCUCUACAAGCAAUGACAUGGUUCAAGGGACUACCGACGCUGCAAACGCUCGACUUUCAGGUGGACAACUGGCGACGCAAAGACUUCAGAACAUUUCACGAGAUCGUCACUAUGGGAUGGCCAGGCUCAGACUCAGAGAAGACCAAGCUGUGCGACCUUGAAGCGAUCACGCUGCGUGGCUGUCCAAGAGAUCUAGCUGAAUCGUGGAUGCUGACUGACCUGGUUGAACGUCGGUGGAGUUGGGUUGAUGGCAUGUCCCGAGUGCACACUCUUUCGUUGUGUUUUGCUCAGCAGCCACGGGAUACAAUGCCGAUUGUGAAAAACGAUCUAGACAAGUUCGUCGAUUUGGGGCUCAAGCUAGAGUUAGAUGAUGGGCCGUUUGCGAGGGAGAGACUGGGAAGAGCACCGUUCCCUCAAUUUGAGGAAAAUGAGGAGGAGAUGGACGUGGAUUCGGACUCAUAA